AUGAACGAUAACCAUAUACUUGAAUUCUAAAAUUUCCCUAAAUCAAUUCAAUCAAAGAUUCACUAAGACUACUUUUAUGGGAGAAAAUCGCUUUAUUAUCAUGAUAAAACAUUUUAUCGCUACAUGAGUCAAAAAUAAAGUUCAGACUAAUACGAGAAAUUUGAUUAAAAAGAAUUUAACUUUAUAUGCUAUGCACCGAAUAAUUAUCUCCAAAUAGAUGCAUCCCAGAUUAGACUUAAGUUUUCUUUAAGAAACAAAGAGAGUUAUAAUUUAAUUGGUUCUCUUCAAAACCUUAAAUAUUUGAAUGAAGAAAAUGAAGAAAAGAAACUUAAGGUGUGCGAUUAAACUAACAAAUUUCUCUGUCCAUUUCAUUUUGAAAUCAAGCUUCCUUAAGCAAUGGAUGAUUGGCAAUUAGAAAAUUUCUAAAAAUAAUUUAGAAAUUAUUAUUGUGGAGUAAAAUUAAGUUCUGGUAUAACCUAACAAAAUAAAGAUUACAUCUGUGUGAAAGAUAUAUCAGAACCAAACUAUCAAUCAUACUUAUUGUUAAAAUAAGAUGUUAAAAUAGGAGAUAUUAAAUGUUUCGCCCUAAAGGAUCACAAUUACCCUAGAUACUUUGUUGUGAGAGAUAAUAAAAAUAGAUAUUUUUUUGAUAAUAAAAACGGCGAAUAAGAAUUAACAUUUGUCGUUGGAGUUGAAGAAUAAUAGAUUAUAAAUCAAUAUCUUUUUUCAUAUUUUAUUUUAGAUGAACAAGACAAGGAUUAGAUUGAGGAAUAUAAAAAUAUUAAAAAAAUAUUGAAAGCCUAUCAAAACGAACUUUAAGAAUUAACUAAUACUUUAAGAGUUAAAGUUUCUUCAUUCGACUUUGAUUUAAUCGUUCAUAGCAAUACUUUAAAUUAAUAUGCUUUAAAAUAGGGUAGUGAGUCAAACUACGAAGGCAUUUUUGAUAAUAUGGAUGAUUAAAUUUAAAUAUAUGAAACCAUUUUGUAAUAAUUAUCGUUUGAGAAUGGCGAAUGGAGAUUGAAAAUUGAUCCAAAUGAAAAUCUUAUGUUUUGGUAAGAGGUCGAGCAUUAUCAAUAUUUUUAUUUAAAAAAAGGAGAAAGUGCACUUAUUAGAUGCCCAAAGGCAAAUAUAGAUUUCUCAUAUAUUGAUACCAUCCAAAAAGAUAGUAAUUAAUAAAACAAUACUGCGAAAUAAGUUAAUUAAGAAUGA